AUGUAUCUCCACUCCCUGCCUCGCGCUGCUCGUACCUCUACGAGCAGCUUGAAGACAUACACACGGAUGACUUCCAGCCAGAUUCGAAGCUUCCAAUCCUCGACGCGAUCGCUCGCCCCGACCUUCUCGGCGACUCAGCAGCCUCCCAUGACGAGCCAAUCCCAUGUUCGAUCUGCUCACGCCAUCUCCAACCCUACCCUUGCUGGAAUCGAGAAGCGAUGGGAGGCAAUGCCUCCGCAAGAGCAGGCUGAGCUUUGGAUGCAGCUUAGAGAUCGCAUGAAGGUUGAUUGGCACGAGAUGACUUUGCAGGAAAAGAAAGCCGCGUGGUGGAUUGCUUUCGGACCUCAUGGACCUCGUGCAGAGACCCCACCCGGCGAAUGGACCAAAGUCUGGCUGUACACCGCCGCGGGUGUUGGAUUAUCAGCAGUUUUGUUCCUUGGAAUUCACUCUUUGGCCAGACCACCACCACGGACCAUGACCAAGGAAUGGCAAGAAGCUACGAAUGAAUACCUCAAGGCCGAGAAGAGCAAUCCUAUCUAUGGUAUCAGCAGUGAAGGAUACAGCGGCAAGGGUCACGUUCAAAGCAAGUCCGCAAAGGCUCAGGGUAUCAGCCUCGAUGCAGAGUAG